AUGCAAAAUAUCAGUUCUGACGAAAUGUCUUCAAGAUUUUCGACCAUCCUGGCGGAGAUGCGACGGAAAAUUUGGGAAGAAUCACUUCCCCCACCCCGCAGAAUUUAUAUGGUGGACUUCGGCAUAUUCAAUGGAAAAUGCCAAUGGGUGGCGAAAGAAUAUUCUGGUAAAUCUUCCCAUGACACACUCACCCCUUCUAUUCUAUGGUUGUGCCAUGAAUCUCGAGACUAUUUUAUCCGUGAGGCGGGCUAUACUAUUUUUGGACUCAACAUCGACACUCCAAUCUAUUUGAAUCAUUCUAAAGACAAAUUAUGGUUUUGGAACUCGUCUCUCCUGGUACAUUAUUUAUAUACUGCCCAGCCUUUAAGAUCUGAUGCCAGUGCCGGCAGAGAAGCCAGACCGAUUGACGAAAGAGCCGGCGGAGGGAAAAUAGAAAGAAUCGGCAUCACCUGCGCCAACUUGUACAAGCAAGCACAAGGAUCUAGCUACAUGGACGAUGGCAUUGAAGAAGUACUAGACGCUAUAUCUUUAGCGGCUAGGAACUUCGUGGGAUUGAAAGAAGUUACCUUAGAGAUUGCCGAGGAAGACUUUGAGAACCAGAAGUCUCAGUUGGAAAAAGCGUUUACGGCUUAUUUCAGCGAACCCGAGAAUCAACUUAGGGGUAGACCGGCAUUGAGACUUACCUGCAUAAUGAACGAGCCUGGUAUCCAUUCCUACAAAAGCGUGAGUGAUUCCGGUCAUACUCCAUAUGACCCAAUUCCGGUCCCCCACUUGGCACGACGGUAG